CAGGAGAUCUUCAGGAAAAUAUAAUUGCCAUUAUUUUUAAAAAGUCACCCAUGUAGUUUUUCAAUAGCAAAAAUCAUCUCUAAAUGCAAAAAUAGAUACUGACCUCCAGUUUGGUUGCUAAUGAGGCCCAGUUAAGUCCUGGAGUUGGAAAGUGGCAUUUAAAGAAAAAAAUGUUACACUCUCAGGUUUGUGUAAUUUGUGGUUAAUUAAUAAAGCUGCUGUGUGUACUUGGAAGGCUGUGGCUCUUCCAACAGGGAGUGCUCCUGUCAAAGGCAGUAGCUUGAAGGGAAAGUUUAGGGGUGAAUGUGCUUCCUGCAUGCCAGUAAAGCUGAAAUGGUUUAUGAGUCAGCAACUUGGGAUAGGAAGAAAUUCUUUCUAUAUGCUUUCCCAGUAACAAAUACAUGUUAAGUAAUCUGUGCCAGUAUCACAUUUUCUGCUUGUUUUAAUCUGGCAAAAAUAAGACUACAGGUUCAUGCCAUAAAGGGUAAAGUUAGCUUAAUUUAGGGAUUUGGGUUUUGUUUUUUAUUUUAAUCAAUUUAGUAACUAGACAGUUUACCAUAUAAUUAAAGUCUAUCAAAGGAUUUAGCUAUUGAUUUUCAUAAGCAACAAGGAAAUAUGUUAGAAGUUCCCAUAUCAUAAGUACCUGCACUUGUAAGAACUUACUGAUGACAGUAAUUGAGUAAUAGGGGCUUGGUGUUAAGUCUUAAAAGAGGUACUUGUUUUCAAGAAGUACGAUGAGUGACACAAAAAAAGCUUGCAAUAGCUCUUGCAAUGAUGGAGUUCUACUCAGAAUGGGCCUCAAUGAUAACAAAGCUGGAAUGCAAGGUUUGGAUAAAGAGAAAAUCAAUAAAAUUAUCAUGGAAGCUACUAAGGGUUCUAGAUUUUAUGAAAAUGAACUUAAAAAAGAUAAACAAGUUAACCAACGGAUUGAAAAAAUGAUGCAGCUAAAAGAGAAAAUUACAACACAACAGCUCUUGAAAGCACAGCUGCAGGUGGACAAACUUGUGGUAGAACUGGAACAGAGCCGUAACCUUAGCAAUACGAUUGUACACAUUGACAUGGAUGCCUUCUAUGCAGCUGUGGAGAUGAGAGACAAACCAGAGCUGAAGGAAAAGCCUAUAGCUGUGGGAUCAAUGAGUAUGUUGUCUACUUCAAAUUACCAUGCUAGGAGAUUUGGUGUACGUGCAGCCAUGCCUGGAUUUAUUGCUAAAAGGCUAUGUCCGCAUCUAACUAUAGUACCAUUAAACUUUGGAAAAUACAGCAAAGUGAGUAAAGAGGUUAGAGAAAUACUGGCUGAAUAUGAUCCCAAUUUUAUGCCUAUGGGCCUAGAUGAAGCCUACCUGAACAUAACAGAGCACUUGGAAGAAAGACUGAACUGGCCUGAAAAUAGGAGAAGAUUCUUUUUUAACAGAGAAGGCACUACAGAGAACGAUAAAAAUGAUAUAAAUAUGUCUGCCAAAUUUAAUGAAAGUGGAUGCUCUUCUUCACCGGUAUUGUUUGAAGACAGCACACCUCUGAUUAAUGACCAUCCUGAGCAAAGUGAUCAAUUGGUGGAAAAUUCAGUUGUCUUUGGAACUUCUGCAGAGGAAGUUGUGAAGGAAAUUCGCUUUAGGAUUGAGCAGAAAACUCAGCUGACUGCCAGUGCAGGAAUAGCACCGAAUACCCUGUUAGCAAAAAUGUGCAGUGAUUGUAAUAAACCCAAUGGGCAGUGCAGAAUUGUCCCUGAGAGACAAGCAAUUCUAGACUUCCUAAAAGAUUUACCCAUUAGAAAGGUGCCAGGUAUUGGAAAAGUAACAGAGAAGAUGUUAAAAGCCCUUGGAAUUGUGACUUGCUCAGAACUUUACCAGCAGAGGGCACUGCUUUCACUUCUUUUUUCAGAAGCAUCUUGGCGUAAUUUCUUGGAUAUUUCCCUUGGUUUGGGUUCUACACAUUUGGAAAAGGAUGGAGAAAGAAAAAGUAUGAGCACUGAAAGAACAUUCAGUGAAAUGAACACAGCAGAAGACCAGUACAGCAUGUGUCGAGAACUCUGCAGAGACCUUGCUCAAGACCUACAGAAAGAGGGACUUAAGGGUAAAACUGUUACCUUGAAACUAAAGAAUGUGAGCUUUGAAGUUAAAACAAGAGCUUCAAGUGUGCUAUCUUCUGUUUCUACUGAGGAGGAAAUAUUUGCUGUUGCUAAAGACUUGUUAGGAACAGAAAUUGAUAGUGUUGCUCCUCACCCUUUACGGAUACGACUUAUGGGUGUACGAGUAUCAGGAUUUCUGAGUGAAGAAGAGAGGAAAUACCAACAGAAAAGCAUUACAAGUUUCUUAAAAUCAGGAAAAGAAAUCGGUGUUCUUAGACUUCAGCCAGGGAAGUCCAACAAAGACUAUUUCAGAAACAAAUCAGAAGCAUCUACCACAGGGAGUUUUUUUGAUAAAAAGCGAGCUGCAAGACAGCUGAAUGGUGAGAAUCCUUCUCUAAAUAAAUCUGUAGGUAAGCAGCUGUUUCAUGAUAGGAAAUCAUCAGCAAAUUUUGUAGAAGAAACAAAGAAAGUCACAGACUUGCAGGAUUCUAGUGAUGUACGUAAGAUCUUCACCUGCCCUGUUUGCUUUGAGGAUCAAAGCAGCAAUAGUUUGGAAGAGCUUAACAGGCAUAUUGAUUUGUGCCUCGGUUGGACUCUUGUUAAAGAUACCAUGGAAAUAAACAAGAAUUAUGAUUCAGGAGAAAAUACAUGUAACUUUCUUCCACAGUAUAAAAAUGAAAAUGUUGAUGAAUGUCAGAAAAAUAAACCAGAUCAACUAGCUGGAGCAGACCAGUCUGCAAGUACAUCUGGGAACUCUGUUAGCAAUAGCACAGAAAAAUUCACUCAAAUGACAUCUGAUAAACCUCACAGAGAAAGACAGCCUAGCAAUCUCAGUGAUAUUGCUAGAAACAUGUGUAUGAAACAGUGUCUCCUCCCCAAAAGAAUUUCACAAGACAGUCAAGACCAUUUUGAAAAGACUGAACAUACAGAAGAAAAUAGUUCAUCCUGUUUCUUUGAAAGCAAAGAAGACAGUGUACUUGUUUGUCCGGUUUGCAAUUCAGAACAGAAAACAACAAGUCUUGUGUCAUUUAACAGACAUGUGGACGUCUGCUUAAAUAAAGGCCUUAUCCAGGAACUGACAGAAAAAAAAGAUUUUCCUACAAAGACUUCUAAUAUGGAAAACUCAAACAGAGUUGGAGCUUUAAGCAGAGGUCAGCAAUGCACGAAUACAUCACAAGGAACAAAAAGGUCUGGACUAACAACUUCACAGUCAGCAUCAAAAAAGGCCAAAUCAAGCAAUUCCAAGCGUACAAUUGAAAUGUUUUUUAAAUGACUGUGUAGCAGCAUAUUCUAUAUGAAGUAUUUCAUAAUGUUUUAUCCUGCAAAUUAAUUUAGCAUUGAUGGUAGGCUGGACUGAGGUGCCAAUCACUUUGGAGUCAUUGCAUGCCUAUGUAAACAUGAUGACUGAGGUAGAAAGAGCUUCAGCUGAGGUAAUUUUAUUUGUUUGUGUGGGGUUUUUUUGAGAAUAAUAUUGAGGGUUUUUUCCAGCUGUUCCUGAGAAUCAAAAUUUGCUAGCACAGCCUCAUGAAUUCUCUCCGCUGUUAAACAGAACAGUGAGAGUAGAGCUGCCAUUAAGCAAGACUGUAGGGCAAGCUCUGUGGAAAGUAGGAAUCAUUAGCUAGGGUACCAUGCUGUGCUUACUGAAGGCCCUCUUCCCACACCUACCUGCCAUCUUCUCUGUUGGUUGUAUUGGCCAUGGUAGCCAUAGUAGCUCAGAUAGAUGCUUCCUUGGACAAUUCAACACCAAAUUUAAUUGAGGUAUGAUCUGUGUGGUAACAAAGAUGACCUGAGUUGCUUGAUUUCAGCCUAUGAAUGUCGUGUCUUCUCAGUAGAUACAAAAAUAGCUUGAUCUUGCAGUUUCAAAGGAAAAGAGCAAAAACUUAGAGCACUAUCUGGCUUUCAUUGUUGUCAUUGAAAAUGUCUUCAGUAAGAGUUGAUGGGCCAGCCCUGAAGCAUUCAUUGUGAUGAGAUGCAGGAUGUCUUGACUUAUUUAAAAAUUGUCAAUAAACCUGUUGAUAGAAGAAGGAUGUGUUCAGGCUAGUGAGACAGAUGCUGUUUAAUCCUUACCCUUUCCAGAGAGACUGAGAACUUCAAUUUUUGUCACAACUGUGAAAUUCUUACUGGUCAGUAGUGAUAAAUUUACUCUGAAUAAAAGGUCUGAUGGUGCAAUAACAAUAUGAAUUAUGUGCAAAUAUGCAAGAUCCUGGUUUUUGUAUUAUAUACCUAUCUCUUUAAAAUUAUUUUAUAUUCUGAAUAAGCAGUAUUUUGUGAGUGCGUAUGUGGAAGGAGGGAGCUGUAAAGUGCAAGUGUUUAGAAUACUUUGAUUAGUUUUUUUUCUGUUCAAGAUGAAUUUCUUAACUGUAGAAAUCUUAUUAUAAUAAAAUAUCAGGAAAAUAAUUUAUGAUGACAGCCAGAUUUCUCAGAAAUUAAUCAGUGUCAAACCAUAUAUGAAAAAUAAACUGGUUUUUAAUUGCAAAAUCUUUUAAGAGAAGUUACUAUAGAAGCACCUGUUUUAUCGUUUAACUGUAUUAGAAGAACUUUUGAGUUUGCUUGGGUUUUGAACAAAUGGUAUGUUUUAGAUGCCCAGGGUAAGUCCAGAACAUGCUUUUUUGUUUCUAGACUUCCUAGAAUCGUUUCACUAUCUCUACCUGCUCAUCUGUUUGUUUGCCAAAUGUCACUGUACCCACAACUCUGUCACUUGAAAUCAUGUCAGUGCUUCCUUAUCUGCUUCAGAACAAAUCAGCUGGACUAGUUCGACUGUGUAAGCGGACUGUAUGGAUUUUUUCUAAACUGGGUCGGUGAGCAUUCAGCAUGAGCCAGCAGAGGUGGGAGCUGGAAAGUUUCAGUAACAUAAAAGCAACUGAGGGAACAAUGACUUAAGCUGCCGCUGCUGUUUAGAAAGUAGACACCUGUCCCCUUAUUAGUUUUUUAUCUAUCUGGUUCAAUAAAGUGUAGACUAUAAUUA